AUGAUCGCAUCUGUACCUCGCGUUUUGCAAUCAACGAACGUACCAAAGGAUUACUCAGAAAGCGAACAAUGCACUUGCACAGCACGUCAAUCAAUACAACUAUUGGCUGAUAUUAGCUGGUUUGUUCGACAAACUUUUCUUCGCCAAUGGGAUAGCCCGAGAAUAACUUCGUAUUUUGAACGUGAAGGUGGUGAAGGAGGAGGUGAAGAUAGAAGGCAUGUGAAG